AUGGAAUCCAAGUGCGGCAACCAGGCUUUCACCGUGGUCAACGGGGACACCGAAUCCUGGCAACACAUGUGGCCUAAGCUCGCGAAGCCCUUCCGCUGCCAUACCCCCCGCAACCAAUUCACAGUCGAUGUGGGCAAGGAUACAGACAGCGUGAUUUUGCUGGCGGAGAAACCUCCAAUGGCCGAAAGGGAUACGGAGAGGGACUUGGAGGGGAAUUUCACGCAAGGUAAAAUGGAGCAGAAGAUCGACUCGAUAAAAUGGAGUCAGCGUGAGGAUGUCAAGAAGGCCAUGAGUAAGGCGAGGAAGUAUGGAUGGACGGGGUAA